AUGGGGAGCGGGCUCCAGCCAGAACCAAUGCACACGGGGCAAGGAGAAGGUCGCCCUGAGGACCUCAUCCUCUCCUGGAAUGGGGAAGGCUGGUCCGAGAUGCGCACAGGAACCUCCUUGCUGCCGUUGCUACUGCUCAGCCCUGGCCUCGCGGGGACCCCCGACUGCUUCAGCCACAACGCCAUCUCCACAUUGGAUGCGACCCCAGGCCCUGGCCCCUCAUCCUUCCAGCCCCACCAGCACCGGCCCCCAGCCCCCUCCGCCGGCGGGCCCCCGAACUUGGGUUUUCUCUCCCAGGACGAGCUCUGUGGGCCAUUCUGGCACCUGGUCCUGGCCCAGCGCUGGAUGGGUCGGCUCAAGGCUGUGGCUGGGUCCCAGAUGCAAAGCCUGCUGGAGGCGGUCAACACCGAGAUACAUUUUGUCACCUUGUGUGCCUUCCAGCCCCUCCCCAGCUGUCUUCGAUUCGUCCAGACCAACAUCUCCCACCUCCUGCAGGACACCUCCGAGCAGCUGGUGGCCUUGAAGCCCUGGAUCACCCGCAGGAAUUUCUCGGGGUGCCUGGAGCUACAGUGUCAGCCCGGAACCAGUGUGCAUUUCACACUGCUGACGCAUGUGAAUUCAGACUCUCGUAGGAGCAAUGGCUAUCUAAGAGCCGGCGAGAAGAAUUGGACCCGGAUUGGACAGUCGGGAGACGACCCGCCUUCUAGCGGGGCCUCUCUGCGCACGCGCUAG